CCUUGAAUACACGGCAACAACACGCCGUCAGAGAGAGGGAGAGACACAGAGAGACUGGCUGUUUUUGGGGGGAGCAAAGGGAGCCUUCGACGCUGCGGAUAUGAACUGAAAAGAAACACUGGAAGAGACAGGGAUCGUGUGCCUAUAUCCCGAAAUCUUACUGUAAAGGUGGAAAACUAGCCCCCCCAAACCCUCCUUUCUCCCCACCAGUUCUUAUUCAGAUAGAGCUACACCCAAAGCCCCGACCGACCCCCUCCUGCUCCUGCUGCUCCACCCCUCCGCCGCUGCACCGCUCCGGCAACCGAGAUGCACACGGAGACCCGUAACAAGAAAUGCCAGUCGACUCCUAAGCAGAAGAAGAGUGCUGUCGGCGCCCAGAAGAAGCAGAGGAGCCCGGCCAAGCAGACCCAACAACCGCCGCCAUCAUCAUCGCCACAACCGGUAGCCAGAGAGGAGGAGGAGAAGGAGAAGGAGGAGGAACCUGCGACCAGGCCUCGGCCGCCGCAGGAGGAAGAGGAGGAGGAAGCAGGGGAAGAGGAGCGAGAGGAAGUGGCGACACAGUCUGUGAAGAAGAAGGAGGAAGAGGAGGAGAAGGAGGGCGAGACAGUCAUGCCCUCCAUACAGAUCAAACCAGAGCCAGAGGAGAUGGAGUGCACGCAGGCAAAUAUAGGUGACGACUGCUCGCAGCCAACAGACUUGGUGAAGGUGAAGACGGAGUCCCCAGUUUGCAAGACAGAGCCCUCUUCGCCACAGCCGUGUCCAGCAGAGGACCAGACCGAACCCGUCGACCUGUCGCUCAACAAGCCCCGCUCCUCUUCGCUCCCUGCUUCUACGACAAACACCACAGUAAACCCUGCACCCAGCGAUACCGUGACCCAGCCCAGCCUGUCGGCUACACCAGUCCCCUCUGCAGUACAGUCGAUAGGCUCCAUGGUCCUCUCUCCAGGCUCUAUUUUGGCCACGCAGGGUGCAGGCGGACAGCAGAUCCUUCACGUCAUCCACACAAUCCCCUCGGUCAGCAUGCCCAGCAAGGUGGGCCAGCUGCAGACCAUCCCCGUGGUGGUGCAGUCACUUCCUGUCGUCUACACCACCAUGCCUACUGAUGGCGUUGCCACGGCAGCGAUUACAGUGCCACUCAUAGGCAGUGAUGGGCGCUCAGAAGGAUCUGUUCGUAUUAAGCCAGGUUCAACGUCUCCGGUGGAGUAUCAGAGUGACAGCGAUGCAGAGAGCGGUACAGAGUCUGGAUCGGCCUCCCUCAGUGCCCAGAGCCUCGACGCUGGGUCGGUUAUGGACUUAGAGCCCGUCGAUCCUGAUUCGCCAGACAUCAAGAGGAGGCGGAUCCACAUGUGUGACUAUGAAGGCUGUAAAAAAGUUUACACCAAGAGUUCCCACCUCAAAGCCCACAGGAGGAUACACACAGGAGAGAAGCCCUAUCACUGUACCUGGGAGGGCUGCACCUGGCGCUUCGCCCGCUCCGACGAGCUGACUCGACAUUUCCGCAAGCACACCGGAAUCAAACCUUUCCGCUGCACUGAGUGCGACCGCUCCUUCUCCCGAUCCGACCACCUCUCCCUGCACCGCCGCCGCCAUGUCAUGAUGUGAACUCUGACCUUCCCCUUUGACAAAGUCCCUCACAGCACAUCUUGUACCAGUGCCCCAAAUGAACCUCUGCUACUGUUUCCCUUCUCACCUCUGCUGCCCCGACAUCCCGAUUUCAAUCAGCAGAUAAGACGCUGUACCUCCCUCCUCCUCCUCAUCUUCAUCAUGACAUCACAGGAAUAUGAGGGAUGUGCGUUUGUGUGUGUGUGUGUGCAGUGGAGGUUUUUUCUUUGUGUGUUUCAACACAUCAUCAUCAUCAUCAUCAUCACCAUUAUCGUCACCGUCCACCCAACAGCCCUCCUACCCCAAAAACAGUCCCCUCUACCACUAACUCACACGAGACGUCACCUCCUCAGACAGAGAAGGAUGGACUGAAGGUCAUCCAACAGCAGGGACGUUCAUCCAUCCAUCACAUGCAUCCAUCCAUCCAUAGGAGAGGAGGAAAAGGAGGGGACAGAAGGAGGAAUGUGUGUUUUUGAACUCAAACCAGAGGCAGGAUGUCACUUCAGCUGCCCGAACAAAAUUCAUUCUGUACAUAUCCAGUGUUGUGUACUUAUGUACAUGUACAUAUAUGUACAUAUCCACAGACGCACGUUCAGGAAGCAUUUUAGGAACUCAAGAACUCGACCUUUCUUGCUAACCUUUGUGAUUUGAGGCACCAUUGCAAUUUUUUUUUAAUCUAAAUCAGUAACUAUCUGAUCAAAGAUUUGGUAAACACGACUACAGAAGUGUAAUACUAAAAAAGCACCUUUUCACCACUGAUGGAUGUUCAGGAAGCUUUCUUUCGAACUCAAGAACUUUACCUUUCUCGCUAACCUUUGGUAAUACGACUAUAAAAGUUUGAUACACGUGUGGUGCUAUGGAUGCUUUUCAGUAAGUACCAAAAAAUUUUAAAAUUCAAACUCUAAUUCUCAGCCCCAAAAAGUCCCUGCAUUCCCGCAACAAAACUGCAAAGAUGAACAGUGAUUCUGUUUUUCAUCACAUGCAAAAUAAUGUCUUAAACAAAUACAAAGCUGGACUUUUUUAUUUUGCAGUUUUCAGAUGCAGUGGAAUUGUGCAAAAGAUACUUGUGAUUGUAACUCUUUGUGAUUAUAUCAACUUGUAAUCACAACUUUUGGAGAAGUUAUUUACAAAUGGAUCUUGAAUGCGAAGGCUUCCUAUCACUGUGCAUAUCCGUGUACGAGUGUGUGUAUGUGCAUAUAGUCGUGAGCUUUUUUACAGCAGCUGAAGUGACGUCAAA